GCAGCCAAGAUGUAGGCUAUGUCAGUAACAUUGAACCCCUACAACAUGAUUGGCAUGACAUGACCACCACCUUAGGGAGGCUCUUUGAAGUUGCAGCCUACUACAGAGCGUAUAGUUUUGUUGCACCACUGUUGAUUGCCCAAAGCCUACUCCAUAUGCUGACCCAUGCGAUAAAGUCCUGUCACGUGAUGUCAUGUUGACGUCGGGGCACGAGUGCGGUAGUUCUUCUGGGUAAUGUUUUUAAACGAUCUUCAAAUCAUGUGGAGAGGUUUUCCUAUGGCCAUGUCCUUUCCGAACCGUUUGAGUAUUGAAUGACACAACAGACUGUAGCCAGUAUGGCGAGCUGCACAUAAACAAAACGAGAACUCUUCAAUCUCUGUUUUUGUGUGCAGUGAUUUUAGACAGGAUGGCGGAGCCGGCUGAGCAAGCAUAUUACCGCUUUGUGGUACUGUUUUUCAACUGCAUGCUGACUUUCGGCUCCUACUUCUGCUUCGACAUUCCAAGUGUAUUGCAAGAUCAGUUUCAGGGGAACCUGACCUGCCCAAACACUACUGUCACCAAUGGCACGUCACCAACAGAAGUGUGUGUGGAAGGUUUAGGAAUGACCCCACAGGAGUACAACCUUCUUUAUGCAAUCUAUGCUUGGACGAAUGCGGUGGUGGUGAUCAUGGCUGGCUUCCUCAUUGACAAGCUGGGGAAUCGCUUCGGAGUGUUCCUCUUCUCUUUCUUGACUGUGCUGGGCUCGGCCAUCUUUGCGCUGGGGUCUCACUUCAAAGGCUCCCCGGCUCUCCUGCCCCUCAUGCUCACGGGCCGCCUGCUCUUUGGCUCGGGAAACGGCUCCCUCACCAUUGUGCAGAACCGUAUAACCGCAUUCUGGUUCCGAGGGAAGGAGCUGGCCUUGGCAUUCGGACUGACCUUGGCCUUCUCAAGACUGGGCUCGGUUCUGAACUUCUUUCUCACACAGCGAUUUGAGGCCCAGUUUGGCAUGCAGUGGACUCUCUGGGGAGGUACUCUCUUGUGCGUGCUGGGUUUCUUCUCUGCCGUGACUGUGAGUGUUCUGGAUAAGGUGGGCAUGAAGCAGCUGGGGCUGGAUGGGGUCAUACAGGAAGCGUCGCGCAAAGUGAGGGUGCAAGAUGUCAAGUUACUGUCUCUACGUUACUGGCUGCUGGUGCUGACCAUAAUGUUCUUUUACAACGGCAUCUUCCCAUUCAUAGCCGAUGCCAGCAAGUUUAUCCAGGACAAAUACGACGGCUAUGACCAGAAGGAGGCAGCCUACAUCGCUGGAGCCGUCUAUGACAGCUCCCUGGUGCUCUCUGCCACUGUGGGCAUUCUCAUUGAUUACAUUGGUAUGAGGGGCGUGUUUGCUGUCUUGUGUGCGCUCCUCACUCUGCCUGUGUUUGGUCUGCUGGCCUUCACCUUUGUGCCUCCUCUAAUCUGCACUAUUUGGCUGGGAGUCACCUACUCUUUUGCUGCGGCAAGCAUGUGGCCCUCCAUCCCUCUAGUGGUUCCUCAGGCGACCCUCGGGACAGCCAUGGGCCUGGCUACGUCUGUACAGAUGGUUGGCAUCGGAGUCUCCAACCUAGUGGUCGGACAGAUCCUGGGCACCAAGUCGAGUGAUUCUAAGAUCCCCCUGUGGCGCUGGCAGAGGAUGAUGAUCUUCAUGUUGGCCAACACCAUCAGCUGUAUUGUCACGGCAACAGCACUCAACUUUGUGGACCAUCGACAGGGGGGCACACUGAACAAAACUACUAAGAGGUCCGUGGCCGCCGCCGCUGGUCCACCGCCUGCGUCUGACAGAGAGCCGCUAGUGGGGGAGGAAGAGGAGGUGGAGGAGGAGGGGGAAGGAGCUGUGACGGACAGACAGGAGGAAGAGGAGUGACCUGACGUCACCAUCAUCCAUUAACCAGAACCUCAGAUUUCCUUUCAAUAUAUUUUUCAGUGGAUAGAAAUGCCUAUUUCUAUUUCAAACAUUUGCCUUAACUUUGUGUUCUAUAUCUAAAUUCUCUAUCUGCCCUUUUCUCAGCUUUUUUAAAACUCUUCAUCAGCUAUAAAUGCAAGAGGAGGACGUCUCCCUCAGCCAUUGACUGGACUUUGAUGUACCUCUAUUUGCAGUCUCUAGUUGUGACAUGUAUCUCUCCUCUUCUUCCAUCAGUCCAUUAUAUAUCUCCAUUUGUUUGCACUUCCUCCUCAGUAUCUACAUUCUUCCUCUGUCUUCUUGUCAUCUUGCCUUUAACCCUCACAACAGGUAUUGAAAGGCGUGCUGUAAAGGAAGGUUUCUUAAUCUAUCUUUUUUUAUCUGCCUUUUCUCUGCUUUGUCUUUAACUCUUUUGAUCAUUUCUAAUUCUAAAUGUAUGUUAAGUGAGAUUUCGGUAUCAAAGUUCUUCAUACUGCCUUUUCCUCAGCUUUAUCUUCAGAUGUCUUCAGUAUUUUUUAAAUGCAUGCAAGGGGGAUUUCUGUUUCCAAAUUCCUCAUUUGCCCUUUUCUCAGCUUUUAUCUUUUAACUCUCUUCAUUAUUUUUAAAGGUAUGUAAAGGGAGAUUGGUUCUUGUGUCAUCAUCAGAUAUGAGCAGUAAUGCAAUCCAGUGUAUUCAGCUGGAUAAAGGGACUGUUUUUGUUACCUCUCGCUGUGUGAGGCUGGCUGAAAAUGUGUGGGGCCGGUCAGUCGGUCAAUGACAUUGGCCAAGUUCAAUGCACUGCAGUGUAUGGACUGUUGCUUAACAACACGAGGUACUUUUUUGUUGCCUCGAUCCUAUUAAAUCAUGGUCUUUAUAUUUAAAGAACGUGUGUGACACAGCGAGAUGGCAGCGAGUCAUUUAAGUGUUCUUAAAGGUUUUGUAAAGUGUGUGUGUGUGUGUGUGUGUGUGUGUGUGUGUGUGUGUGUGUGUGUGUGUGUGUGUGUGUGU